CCUCCAAAUCCCUCCGCCGCCGCCGCCAGUUUGUCCCUCCUCAAUUUCUUCCCUGCCCUCCACCUGCCCAACCAGCCACAUCCUCAUCGGGAUCCCUCCCGAUCCGCCCAACCAGAUCAGCCGCCUUGCGGCGCCCUCGCCCUCGAGCUCCAACGGGAUCCGCGCGCCCUGGAUCCCCUGCUUCGAGCACCACCUGGAGCCCGACCAUGCGCGCCCUCAAGCCCCUGCCCCGACCACGAGAUAAGCCCCGCUGCCCUUCUCCUCCUCCUGUGGUUUCUCUGCCUUCCUCGUCCUCCUCCCUCUGUUGUCCCGCCUAGCCACUCACCCUCUCCUGUUCCUCUCUGUCAGGAGACGCCAUGGCCGCCCCUUGGUGCUUCGCGUUGCGCCCGGCCAUCAUCCUCAACGCCGGCGAGUUCCUGUUGCAUCAUCGUCGCCCGUACGGGACCUCGUCUACCUCUCCUGCAUCACGCCUCGUCGCCAGGAGCUCUCGCCAAGUCCGCCUUCCGUCGACCACAGCCCAGCCACUCCCAGUCCACAUGGCCUCCCGUCCCACGCCGGACCUCGCCGAAAACUCGUCGCCGGCCUUCCCUGCCUCGGCCAAGUGGGGAUUCGGCGCCUCGCCGCCCGGAUCCAGCCGUCUCCGCGUCGUCCGCGCCACCAACCCUGCCUCGCUCGCACCAGGGUCUAGCCGCUGCUGCCCUCCCGACCUCUGCCUGUCCCGCGAUCCUGCUGAAGCCGCGCCAAGUUCUGUCACUGCUCUGUAUCGCUGCGUGCAGCUGAUCCAGUGGCGCCCCAGUGCCUCGUUCGCCCCUGUCAGCGCUCGCGUGUGCGCAAGGCUAGGGGCGCCCAGCUCCUUCUGCUUACCCAGACAGCCAAGGGCCAGCAUCGCCAUGGCCGCCGGCCUCUGUUUUUCCCGCUAUCAACUAGCCUACUGGUUGUUCCCUCGAAGACACAUCAGGAGGUCCUGGGUUCGAGUCCCGGACGGCCCUGUUUCUUUUAUUUUGCCAAACAGUCACUCAACCACUUGGGCCAAAUCCUCCUGGGCUGCUGCGGUAUGCUGCAAUCCGACCUGUGCGUGUUUUUUCCUGGUCCAGCGAAUUUAGCAUUAUUCCAGAGAUUUUCUGUUUUGCAGAGAAGUCCCUCUAGAUCAUGCAUUUAAUAACUCACAAAUGGUGCAUUGGAUCAAAAUGAUUUAAAUAUGUAAAAUGCUUAGAAUUUCAUCUAGUUUCAUAUUAUGCUGCUUUCAUGCAUGUUU